AUGGAGGUAAACACCGAGAAGCAGAAGAAGUUAAAGAAAAGAGUUAGACCGAAAAAGAAGGGAAUCAGACAGGAAAUCAGAAGAAAGGUGAGUACACCAAAGUUAAUUUUGGAUGUAAUUAAUUACGAUGCUUCAGAUUGAAGAAGCUUUAUUGGCAAAGAAUUCAGAUGUCGUCGACCUUGUUGAGCCGGAUGUCGAUGGAGAUUUUAGGGCCUCCCUUUCUGAUGUUCUGUCUCGAUUAUCAUUAGAAAACAUGGAUAAGGUUGGAGCGUUGACUACGGCACAACUCAAGUCUAUAUCUAAUUUAAGUAAUUUAUUUGAAAUUACUGGCGAUGAUAAAAACCAGCUAAAUGUUAUUCUGAAAAAUGAUGCCAAAGAAAACCUCGAGGAGAAAAUGGUCUACGUUGUAAGUUGAUUUUGGCUUAUCAGUCAUUCAUUUUUCUGCAGGAUAACUUGCCACCAACCUGUUCGGCAGAUCAGUUAAAGAAACGCGCAAGCGUGUUUGGUAAUGUAGUUCAAGUCACGUUGCCACAAGUUGACCGAUUGAAACGGAGAUCUUGUCCCGGAAUGGAGUACCCUAUCAACUCUGGCUUUGGUUUUGUCCAAUUCACCUCCAAAGUUGCGGCAAGGCGGUUUUGCAAAGUAAUAAAUUUGUUGAAGGAUCCGACUAUGCUUAUACAAGGCCUUACAAAAAACGUGAAGGAAAGUCGGAGGCUAUAACUUCCGGCGGAGGCGGCGCAGAGAUUUCGUCUAUGGAAUAUGUAUUUUUAAGCGAGAUUAUUUUUUGUCUAUGAACUAACAAGACUUUACAGUGCAUACUGAGGUCGCUACGAUCUUUUUGAUCAGAAGCCUUUUUGUAAAAAAAGCUUUUUACACUGAAAACCAGUGUUUUUCGGUUGAAAAAUUAUGACUGAGAAUUUUCGGAUUUUUAAGGGCAGCUGAAUUUUUUGCAUAAUUUGCGGCGUGUUGGCAAUUUCCUUUCCUGUUUUCAACAUCAGCUCCAUCGAAAAAAUCCGAAAUUUCUCGGUGACUUUCAAUCGAAAAACUCCAAGAGUUCUUGGUCAUCUUCAAAAUGCUCCUACUUCAAAAGAUCCUAGCGACCUCAGUUUACACUUUAAAAUCUUGUUAUUUCAUAGACAAAAAACACUCUCGCUUAAAACGAUAUAUUCCAAAAACGAAGUCUCUGCGCCGCCUCCGCCGGAAGUGGGAGAAGAGGUUUUGUAGCCUACGAAUUUCCUUCACGUCUUUUGUAAAACCCUGUACUUCAUUUUACUAAUGGGUUUUUUCAAUGUUCAGGCAUAUUACAUCAAUUCUCAUUUGAAUCGAGGUCAUCAUCACAGGAAGAAGAAGACUGCCGAGAACAAAGAUAAAAGUCAGCCAGAAACAGAUCAAUCUGACAUAACAAAACUGUUGGAAGAAGCUCAAACUGUGGCCGCAACUCGAAGAAAACGACGAUGCACUGACAUCUCAACCAGCGAAAUGAGUGGAGAUAGUGGCGGAGAGAGUGAUGUACCCAUUAAGAAGGCCAAAACGGAAGGAAACCAGGGGAAUGAUGGGCAGGAGAAGAAGAAACGAAAGAGGAAGAAGAAGGGAAAACUCCCGAAGAUGACUUUGGCAACAUUCUUCACGAGGAUUCAAGCAUUCUCUUUGUAAGUUUAGGAUUGUUUAGACCAUCGCUUUCUUUUUUAGCCGCCGGUACAAAAAGCUGAAAGAUGAAUAUCUGGAACUGAAGAAGAACAGCGAAAAGGAAUUGAAAAACAUUCUUAGACCACAAUUGGAAGAUGAUAAAGGAUCGAAGGAAUUAAAGGCAGGAGAGGAUAGUGCUGUUGAUGAGAACAAAGAAAGGACUGAUAAAUCAGGAAAGAAACCCAGAGCCAGGGUAAGUCCACCACUUGUAUAUAAUACUUCUUUCAGCUAAUGAAAACCGCGGCCAAAGUGAAGAAUGCCUCAUUCGACGUGUUUCGGCAAAGUAAUGUCUAA